ACAAACAGAGCGAGAGGGGCCAGAGGCGCUGCGAGGCGGCUGCGGCGGAGGCUGAGCUGCGGCGGGGUCGGGCGGGCUAGGUGGACCGGAGACCCGGGCGGCGGCGGCGGCGGCCGGACGGGAUUUUAAAGGAAGACUUGUAUUUCGUAAUUUGUGUAUAAUCAGUGCAAGCGAAAUUAAGGAGAAAUGGAUGUGGAGAAUGAGCAGAUCGUGAAUGUAAACCCCACUGAUCCUGAUAAUUUAAGCGACUCUCUAUUUUCUGGUGAUGAAGAAAAUGCUGGCACUGAGGAAAUAAAGAAUGAAAUAAAUGGAAAUUGGAUUUCUGCAUCCUCUAUUAAUGAAGCUAGAAUUAAUGCUAAGGCAAAAAGACGACUCCGGAAAAACUCAUCGCGGGACUCUGGCAGAGGCGACUCAGUCAGUGAUAACGGAAGUGAAGCCAUUAGAAGUGGAGUAACUGUGCCCACCAGUCCAAAAGGAAGGUUGCUAGAUAGGCGUUCCAGAUCUGGGAAAGGAAGGGGGCUGCCAAAGAAAGGUGGUGCAGGAGGCAAGGGUGUCUGGGGCACACCUGGACAGGUGUAUGAUGUGGAGGAGGUGGAUGUCAAAGACCCCAACUAUGACGAUGACCAGGAGAACUGUGUUUAUGAGACUGUAGUUUUACCUCUGGAUGAGACGGCAUUUGAGAAGACUUUAACCCCAAUUAUACAAGAGUACUUUGAGCACGGAGACACGAAUGAAGUUGCGGAAAUGUUAAGAGAUUUAAACCUUGGUGAAAUGAAAAGUGGAGUCCCUGUGUUGGCAGUGUCCUUAGCAUUGGAGGGGAAGGCCAGCCAUCGGGAGAUGACGUCUAAGCUGCUUUCUGACCUCUGUGGGACGGUAAUGAGCACAAAUGAUGUGGAGAAGUCAUUUGAUAAGCUGUUGAAGGAUCUACCUGAAUUAGCAUUGGAUACUCCUAGAGCACCACAGUUGGUGGGCCAGUUCAUUGCCAGAGCUGUUGGAGAUGGGAUUUUAUGUAAUACCUAUAUUGAUAGUUACAAAGGGACUGUAGAUUGUGUACAGGCUAGAGCUGCUCUGGAUAAAGCUACUGUGCUUCUGAGUAUGUCUAAAGGUGGAAAGCGCAAAGAUAGUGUGUGGGGAUCUGGAGGCGGGCAGCAGUCUGUCAAUCACCUUGUUAAAGAGAUUGAUAUGCUGCUUAAAGAAUAUUUACUCUCUGGAGACAUAUCUGAAGCCGAGCACUGCCUGAAGGAGCUGGAAGUACCUCAUUUUCACCACGAGCUGGUGUAUGAAGCCAUUGUAAUGGUUUUAGAGUCAACUGGAGAAAGCACAUUCAAGAUGAUCUUAGAUUUAUUAAAAUCCUUGUGGAAGUCUUCUACCAUUACCAUAGACCAAAUGAAAAGAGGUUAUGAGAGAAUUUACAAUGAAAUCCCAGAUAUUAAUCUGGAUGUCCCACACUCAUACUCUGUGCUUGAGAGAUUUGUGGAGGAAUGUUUUCAGGCUGGAAUCAUUUCCAAACAGGUCCGAGAUCUUUGUCCAUCAAGGGGAAGAAAGCGUUUUGUAAGUGAAGGAGAUGGAGGCCGUCUUAAACCAGAGAGCUACUGAAUGCAAGAACUCUUACAGUCUUAGGUGUGAUAACGGCAGAUCUGAACUGUAAGAGUUAUUAGUGCAGGGUUUUUUUUUUUGUUGUUGUUGUUGUUGGUUUUUUUGGGGGGGUACAAGGCAUUUCUGAAAUUUUAUAAACUUAAAUUUAAUGGGGAUUUUUGAAGGAAGUAUUUUUUUUCUUUUUCUUUUUCUUUUUCUUUUUUUUUUCCUUUGAGGGGAAAUUAAAGGAGGGACAGAAGAGUAACCACUUAAGUGUGGAAUACUCUGAUAAGUGGAAAUACUCUGAUAAGCUACUUUUUCUAAGUGCCAUGUUUAUGACCUAAUCAUUCCAAGUUUUGCAUUGAUGUCUGACUGCCACUCCUUUCUUUUAAGGACAGUGUUUUUUGUAGUAAAAUCACUGGUUUAUACAAAGCUUUAGUUAGGGGUGAAGUGAAGCUACUAAGCCCCAUGUUGGCUGCUGCUGUGGAAAUGCUGUGCUUUGGGAGUAAACACACAUAAACACACACACACACACACACACACACACACACGCACACACACGCACACACACGCACACACACACAGAGACACUUUUGUCUUAAAGAAUUUUUAAAAGACGAGUUAGUCAUGAGACUUUUUCAUCUUUCCAGGGAACAUAUUGAUUGGUCUUAAAUAUUAGACAGUUAAGUAAAUGGUGGCUGGAACAUCUAUUUUUCUACAAAACUGGAAAAAUGAACCCGGUUCUACAAGAAUGUACAACAAAAUAAAACAUGAAGCAGUGUUGAUUCUUUA